AUGAAGCCUAUAGCACGGUCAAUUAGAACCCGCCAGUUGGGCGGUUACGUCUGCCAUAGUUGCACACGCAACUUGCGACGAUCGAGACGUGGCUACGCUACCACUUCUCAACCCUCGACUCUAGAAAUCUACGAUGUCGUUUGCGUCGGUGGAGGACCCGCGGGGUUAAGUUUACUUGCUGCUUUGCGCGCAAAUCCAAUAACAUCACCCCUCAAAGUCGCCCUCAUCGAAUCCCAAUCCCUCGACCCAACACGCAAAUUCUCACUCCCUUCCACUCAAUACUCAAAUCGCUGCUCUAGUCUUACACCUAAAAGUGUUGGUUUUCUACAGGAUAUCGGGGCUUGGGAACAUGUCAAAAGGGAACGGGUAUGCGGGUACAAGGGCAUGAGGGUUUGGGAUGGAGUAAGCGGUGCUAGUAUUGAUUUCUCCCCAGAAAUCGGGGGAGCUGCAACUGAGGGAGGUGUGGUGGCGUAUAUGAACGAGAAUCUGAAUCUGACUCGAGCCUUGUUGGGGAGGCUUGAUGAGCUGGGCGGUGUGGAGGUUUUGGAGGGCGAGAAGGUCACGGGGAUUGGAUUUGGAAAUGAUACUAGCACAGCGGAUCUCUCAUCUUGGCCGGUGGUUAAAACGUCUGGAGGAAGGGAGCUGGCCGCGAGGUUGUUGGUUGGUGCUGAUGGAGGAAAUAGUCCUGUGAGGACGUUUGCGGGGAUUGACUCUCGCGGAUGGGAUUAUGGAAGGGUGGGUGUGGUAGCUACGCUGCAGAUGGAGGGUGAGGGUUGGGGUUGUGAGGAAGGAAAGAUUGCGUAUCAGAGAUUCUUGCCUACGGGACCGGUGGCUUGUUUGCCUUUGCCUGGGAAGUUCUGUACGUUGGUUUGGAGCACGACUCCGGAUCUCGCGGCGAAACUUAAGGCUUUGAGCGCGGAGGAUUUUGUUUCGAUGGUAAAUGCGGCUUUUCGGUUGAGUGUUACGGAUCUUAAGUAUCUACAUGAUCUACCGAGUGGCCAGGAGGAGGAGGUGAGCUGGAGGGAGAACCACACACCAUUCGAGCGGGAACAUGUGCCUAUGAAGGUCGUUGGCGUUCAAGAAGGAAGCAUUGCAUCAUUCCCUUUAAAACUUCGACACGCAGACUCAUAUAUCGGUCAGAGAGUCGCCUUGGUUGGGGACGCAGCACAUACGGUCCAUCCACUCGCCGGUCAAGGACUCAAUCAAGGCCAAGGAGAUGUCGAAUCGCUCGCAAAUACUAUCGCAUACUCGGUCGAACACGGUAUGGAUAUCGGUGUGCGAAUGAACCUCGAGAGAUAUGAGAGUGAGAGGUAUGCGCAGAAUAAUAUGUUGAUGGGGGUGGUGGAUAAGCUACAUAAACUGUAUGCGACGGAGAAUCAACUUGUGGUUGGCGUUAGGAGUUUGGGGUUGAGAGCUGUGAAUAGUCUUGAUAGUGUUAAGGGGUUCUUUAUGAGGCAGGCUAGUGGGCGAGGGGAGAAAUUCUUGUGA